AUGGCCUCGCAAAGCUUCGCAGCGGUGGAACGCGACAGCGGCUCUGAGGAGGUGGUGUCACGCCGCUCCUGGCCAGUGAAGAAGACCUUGUGUGUGGCUGGGGUCCUUUUGGCAGUGGUGGGCCUGGGAUCUCUGCGCUUCUCCAACCAAUGCCUCAACUUGGAUGCCUUACAGGGAAAGUCCGAGGCGCAGAUGAAUGAGGCACUUCUGAAGACGCGCAAGAAGCUUCUGGAGGUGAAGAAUCGGAGUUUGGCGGAGAAGACGAUCUUGAAAGCCAUGACGAAAGCGGGCCACGAUGCCCAAAAAGACUGGGAGGCCCACGUGGCACCCGCACACGGGGGGCCAGGUGUGGACUUGCGGGAGUUAGAUGGACAGGAGCAUCACAUCCGCAAGUUGGACGCCUUGACCGUUCUGAAGGACCGCCAGGCCAUCAAAGACUUCCGCCGUGGCCAGCACAACGAGGAGCCACGGGUCCACGUGGUUGUUUUCUGCUUUCUGAAAGAUGAAGCCGGGAAUGCAGAAUGCGCCUUCAACAUUUUGGAGGCCUUCGUCUCGGUGGUGGGCAUGGGCGACGACAUCAACGGCAUCAUCCGCACCUGCCCUCCUCCCCGCGAUGGGGAGUCUGAGUUGGCGUGCCAGGUGGACGCAUCCAUCCUGGUGGCAUGGGUGGGCAACGCCGCGGCCAAGAUUUCCCUCGCGGCCUCCAACUGCGCUUUGACGCUGAACGUCGACUCCGUUUGCGCGGCCGGCGUCUCGGGCCUGGUGGCCGCCUUUGGCGAGAUCUCCGCGGGCGCCUGCCUGGGCGCGGCGGUUUGCACGCCGACGCCCCCAUCUUUGACCACGACCAAGAUCAGCGUGUUGGGUGAUCAGACGGUGCGCACGCCCGAGACUGGGCGUCGUUUGUUGAUCGGCGAAGGGACCAUUGGAAAUGGCGUCCAGUGUGGCGUGGAUGUGGGCAUGGUGGCAGCCAACAUUGCCAACAUGGGAGCCUUGACUGCCAGAGUUGCAUCUGUUUUGGUGGCUCCCAAAGAUCCUUGUUUGGCCAUCAACAAGGCAGUGAACGUCAACCGCUGUGGAAAAUUUGCCACUGAGAAGAACCCCUUGAACGUCCUGAAAGGCAUUCCGGAUGCACUUUGCACUGUAGACAUUGCUGGAGCCGUUGCUUACAUCAGUCAGGUCGUCACCUUCAUCAACCUCAUCGUGGUUCAUUGCCAGGACUUCCUGGAUGUCAGCGCCUUGUGCGGCGGUUCCAUCGCCGCCAUCACCACCGGAGGUGCUGCCAUUGCUGCCUAUGGCGGCGCGGUGCACGCCGCCUGCCGCUACAACCACCUCCUGAAGACUCCGAAGCCUACGCAAAAGGUGGCGGAGUGGCGGUGGGUUUAG